GAAUACUUGGUCCUACUUCUAUAUGACUCUCCAACCAAAGAACCUGCUCAUCAUCGGCGGAGGACCAUGCGGGCUCAUAACACUGCGCAAUUGUCUCCAUCGCGGGUCAUUCACCAAAGUCCAGCUCGUCGAAAGACAAAAUGACAUCGGCGGGGUCUGGUAUCAAAACCACGACCUUGACAAUCGCCCUCGCUGGUCCACGCCCGCAUACCCAGGGCUCAUAGGCAACGUCAUACCCGAGUUUCUCUCCUUCUCAGAACACCCUUUUCCGGAGCCUCCCAGAGAACACCAGCCGUUCCCUACGUUAACAGAGACGAACACCUACCUCAAGGAGUUCGCCCGCCCGUUUCUCAAAAGCGGGCAUAUUCGUUUGAGCUUCGAGGUUACUGGAGUUGAAGAGUUGGAGAGCGGUGGAUGGACUGUCCGCAUGAAAGAUUGGAAUGAAGGCGGUGUGGUAUUGGAAGAAACUUGGGAUGCGGUGGUUAUCACUACCGUCUGGUUUGAUAACCCGUAUUUUCCAGACGUACCGGGUCUUCAAGAGUUGCAUCAGCAAAGACCCAGACAAGUCCAGCACGCCAUAAAUUGGACGGGUCCACACCAUAGUUACGAGGAAAAACGCGUCCUUGUCAUCGGAAAUGCAAAUUCUGCAAAUGAAAUGGCCGCUCAGCUUGCGCCCGUAGCUCAAACGCCAAUAUACAGAUCCACCCGUCGAAUCUCCGUAUUCCCCUCCUUACCAGACCCCCGCAUCCAAGAUAUCGGCCCUAUAAAUCGCUUCACCACCAGCGAAAACAACAAAAUUACUGCGCACGUCCAAGACGAAACCACCAUCGAAAGCAUCGACGCCGUCCUAUUCGGAACAGGCUACUAUCCGCAUGUACCAUACCUCCGCGUCCUCCUCCCAGACACGAAUCCAGACACACACACCCUCGCCCGCACUCUUGUACCAUUAACAUCCCGCACGAUAACACCCAUUCGAAUCCCCUCCCUCCACAAUCAGAUCCUCUACGCCCACAACCCCACCCUCGCAUUCAUAGGCGCACCCACCUCCUUCAUCCCCUUCACCCUCUCAGACCUCACCAGCACCUGGCUCUCCCUCGCAUGGUCCGGGCUCAUCCCAAUACCUCCCACACCCAACGCCAGACUCGCAUACGAGCAAGACCGUCUCCGCACCCUAGCCGAACAACGCUCAGAAUCCGACAACCCUUCCAACUUGGUCAAUUUUCAUUUCUUGGGACGCUAUGAGAUGGAGUAUGCGAGGGGUAUCCGGGAUGAUGUCGUGAGGGCAAGUGAGGUAUUGGACGGAGUGCUUGCGAGGUGGGAUGAUGAGCAGGAUGGGAGGCGGUUUGCGAUGUAUGCUAAGAAGAUGGAAAGUUUGUAUGUUUCUGCGGGAGUUGGGAGGUUGAUGAAGGAAGAUGGCGAUGCGACGUAGAUUCGGCUAUCGAUGCGAUGCAGAGUGAGCUGUUGAUGCGACCUACGCGUAAAGGUCGCCGCGGCGCAGACCAAGUUAUCGAUGCUCCGCAACCCUCCACCUGUCAACGCACCACUCCUCGCUGAUGGCAUAUCAUUGAUCUAGGAAGCUGGCAUCAUAUCAGCUGCAGAAUCAGUUGAUGGUUUUAUCUCCAUGGUGCAGGAAAGGGAUGCUGGGACAGGCGUAUUGCGGGUCAAAGAGAGAAUCGUUGGAGAGCUAUCUGAGAUUGUCACCACAAGUGCAUAACCGAAUAGAUUAUUGUAACACAUCUAUGCGAUCAAGAGGAACAAAAUUUCACAAGUACAAA